AUGGCGACCUCCCUGAUCGAUGCUACGAACGAGACCGAGAGCAAGCCCAAGGUCAUCGGAGUGUAUGGCCUCCCGGGAAGUGGCAAGUCAACACUCCUGAAGCAACUCAAGGUUAUCCUUGGCAAUGAUGAGUUCCUCUACUUCGAAGGUUCCGAAGAGCUUGCCAGUCUGUGCCCCGACAACAACCUGAACCACUUCAAAGUUCUCCAAAAACGAGAGCAGGAUCGACUUCGUGAGGAAGCAGUGAAAGGCAUCGCAAGGAAGUGCAAAGAGGCAGGGAAGGUUGGGAUGGUAGCCGGUCACUUCAUGGUCUGGUCAUCAGACGAGACGAGCCCGACGAAGGUGGUGACCGAUGCUGACUGGGGAGUGUACACGCAUGUUCUAUACCUGGCCACACCGGCAGAAGUCAUCUGGCAGCAGGUGGAUGAUGACUCUAGUCGCGAGGACCGCGAGCCACUUUCUGUGCAAGUUCUGCAGACAUGGCAAGACCGAGAGACCAUCGGUCUCCGAACGGGCUGCUCUCGAAACAACAUACUCUUCACAGUCGUCAGUGGAGACAGAACCGGUCGGGCUGAGAGAGUCGCGAAGCUCAUGCUCACGCUUCUGUCGCACAACGAGGCGGAUGGUAUGGGUGCUGUCUCAGCAAAGCUGAAUAAGGUUCUUCCGACUCAUCAGACUACCGUCGACACCAUCCUGGACAUCGACGGAGACAAGACUUUGAUCGCGAACGACACUUCCAAGCUCUUCUGGGAACACACCCGCGACUGGAAAAGAGCCCCACACCCUGCAAAGAUCCUGUUCGACGAAUUGUUCGACGGUGGCUACUCCUACGAGGCGUUCUUGAAGGCCGCUCUGUUUUACGAAGAAUUGGACAAUCAUGGUUUCGAUGAGCUGUGUGACAAGGUCGCGGCGGAAGUCACUGUGCGCUCGGAAUUUGUCCAAAUCCUGAAGGAGGUGGCGAAAACCCCACGACUGGGCGUAGUCAUCGCCUCUGCCGGUCUGCGCAAAGUGUUCGAGAAGGUGCUGAAGCGAGCAGGGCUCUCUGACGCAGUGCUAGAGAUCGUCGGUGCAGGACCUUUUGGUGACGAUGACUCUGUGGUCGUUACGCCUGAGUUGAAGGCUGAAGUGGUGAAGUACCUCAAGACUAACAACAACCUGCGAGUCUGGGCUUUCGGUGACAGUCCGAUUGACAUUCCAAUGCUUCUGCAGGCCGAUCGAGCUAUCGUCGUGGUUGGCGAAGGUGGAAGCACGACUAUGGAUGGAAAGCUGCGUCCGGCCAUCGACCUGAAUGGUCUCAAGGCUCGUCAGCUUCUGGUCCCAAAGACUGCCACGCCCCGGCUCGACACAACUUCUCUCCCACCCAUCGACCUCGACGGGAUCCACUUCUUGCUGCGUGGCAGUCUUGUGGUCCACCAUGCGACCGGCAAGAACGCGGCCAAGCUCUUGAUGAGACCUACGCGAGACCAGAGCGUUCAAGGUCCGGCGCUCAGAGAAGCUCACCACCGUGUCGGACAGUAUUUGGCGACAGAGUACGUUUCUGAGAUCGUUGGGCUGGAAGAGGACUUCAUCACCAGUGUUCAGGGCAAGAGCACUCCCGGCCACUGGCUCCGUGGCGAGGCUACCGCCCUGAUCGUACCUCUGAUGCGCGGUGGCGAGCCGAUGGCCUUCGGUGUCAGCGAAGUCUUCCCGCUCGCGACCUUCGUCCAUGCCAAAAAGCCAGGAGAUCUGACUACCGAGCACAUGCAACAUGCAUCCACCAUCAUCCUUGUGGACUCAGUCAUCAACAGCGGCAAGUCGAUUCUGGACUUCCUACGUCACAUCAGGGGCGUUCGUACAAGAGUGCCUGUGAUUGUUGUUGCUGGUGUCGUUCAAGCAGAUGCUACGAAGCGUGACAGCGCUUUUGCGGCUGAGAUCUUUGAGUUGGGAAGAGUUGACCUGGUAGCACUUCGUCUGUCCGAGAACAAAUACACCGGCAAGGGCAAGACUGAUACCGGUGCGAGGCUGUUGAACACGGUACAGUUGGAGGAAUGA